AUGCCUGAUUUUAACAAUGAAAUACCAAUGACAACAAGCCAAGCUGACGAACCUCAUUCAACAAAUGAUCAAGAAAAACAUAAAAAAAGGUCUUUUUUAGAAGAUGAUUUCUUUUCCUUGAGUAGUAGCUUUGACAAGAAAAAGAGGAAGCACAAGCACAAGAGCAGAGAUGCAACACCUAACUCGUCUGAUGCACCCUUGCAACCCAUCAAGAUUGAAGGCGCUCUACCUUCUAAACAAGUACCUAACUCUUGUGAAGCAAACACUGCAAACCAAAUAAAGCUGGAUUUUGUCCCCAUACCUGAAGCUAACUCCAUACCUACUACUACCACAGUCACUCGAGGGGUAAUGGCACCGCCAAUAAUAGACAAAGAGCAAAUUCUUCGCGAGAUUGAGCAAAAAGUCAAUGAGCGUGAAGCAAAAUCAUCGACUCCAGUGUUUGAUGUUUCAGACGAGGAGGUGUUGGAGCUAGAGAUUGUUAAGAGCUCUCCAAAGACAAAACCCACCAAGAAGUCGUCAGCAGAGGAUCAUGGCUACAAAUUUUCCGAAGCUGAUGAAAAGAAGAGACGUUACAUUAUUAAGAUUACAUCGAAGCUUCCGGCGCCUGUGGAUGCUACCGUCGAGGUAGAUCUUGGUUGUAAAGGUAUGAAAUCAUUUAGCAAGAUAAUCAAAUACGCAGUGGAUUUUUACAAAAGCACCUACUCCAGUCAGUUGCCUCCGAUAUUACUUGAUCGUUACGAUGUUGAACUUUGCAGUUUAGUCUGGGUCGAGGGAAAGAUGAUUGUAAAUUCCUUUUAUACACCAAGAACGCUUAGAAUUGCCCCACCGGGUGGAGAAUUCAAUGCUUUGGUUGACAAGGUGGAGACAAUGCCACCAACAACUCUACACUUUUUUCUAAUACCCAAGGACAAUAGCGAGAAUUUUAUGAAUGUUUACCCAGAACUAAGAGCCAGUGUAAUUGAGCCAGAGAUUAAAGAGACCGAGGAGACAACUAUUGCGGAAGAACUUUCGCAAUCUAGCAGUGAGGAUGAAGAAGAUGAUAUGGACGAGCCCAAUUCCAAAGAAGAUGAAUUGGUAGAUCUUGCUAAUGACGAGGAAGGGGUUUUCUCGAUAGGACUUAAAGGGAAAGAUAAUAAGCGGAUUUCUUGUAAGGUGACUCCUCAAACCAAAAUUGAGAGACUUUUAAAGUUUUAUUUGAAGAAAAAGGGAAUCGACGAAUCUUCAAUCAACUUGCCCUCCGUGAAAAUGAUUUUCGACGAUGAAGAACUAGACCUUAAUGACAUUGUAGCAAACACCGAGUUGGAAGACGAUUUCGAAAUCCAGAUAAUUAUAUAG